CACAAAGGUACGACUGUUCCACAUCUUUCUUCUUCACCAAGACAGGAAGCAAAAGAGUUUUCGAUAUAAAUCACAGAGGAAGACUCUGCGCGGAGAGAGAGGGACAGAGAGCGAGAGAGAAAAGAAGGGAACACUCUUCUUCCUGCUGCCACGAACCUUCCCCACUCGAAGGAUUCCCUCAUCAGCUCCUUAAUAAGGAAAUAUAUUUUCAGAAAUAUAUUUCCAAUUCCAGAUUUCUUGACCAUCAAACACUACCUAAAGGUACGACUGUUCCACAUCUUUCUUCUUCACCAAGACAGGAAGCAAAAGAGUUUUCGAUAUAAAUCACAGAGGAAGACUCUGCGUGGAGAGAGAGGGACAGAGAGCGAGCGAGAAAAGAAGGGAAGGGGGAAAUGGAGUGUGUGUUCGGGCUGGUGGGCGAUGGGUUUGCGGUGAUUGCCGCCGACACUUCAGCAGUGAACAGCAUACUGGUACACAAGUCAAACGAGGACAAGAUCAUGAUUCUUGAUUCCCACAAACUCAUGGGCGCUAGCGGCGAAAGCGGCGACAGGGUUCAAUUUACUGAAUACAUCCAGAAGAACGUUCAUCUCUACCAAUUCCGCAACGGGAUCCCUCUAACUACUGCAGCAGCAGCAAAUUUCACCCGAGGCGAGCUCGCUACUGCACUGAGAAAGAAUCCAUACUUCGUAAAUAUUCUUCUUGCUGGAUAUGACAAAGAAAUUGGCCCAUCUCUGUAUUAUAUCGACUACAUUGCCACUCUCCACAAGAUCCAGAAAGGUGCAUUUGGUUACGGUUCCUAUUUCUGCCUGUCAAUGAUGGACAGACACUAUCACAGUGGCAUGUCCGUGGAGGAGGCUGUUGACCUCAUAGACAAGUGCAUAAUGGAGAUUAGGUCGAGACUGGUUGUCGCCCCACCUAAUUUUGUGAUCAAGAUUGUGGAUAAAGAUGGAGCAAGGGAGUAUGCCUGGCGUGAAACCAUCAAAGAUGCAGGUGUUGCUGCUGCUUAAGUUUUGUUUGUCAUUUUUUAUUUCCAUGGAAUAUUAGUAUUUCCCACUUACACCCCAUUUUCGUUAUACUGAUACUGGGUCCGACAGUAUUGUAGGACAGAUCAUCUUUGUGGUUGAUGAUGCAAGUGAACCAACUCGAUUUCAUUGUAUGGAAGUUAAAGACGUGCAUAUUUUUACAGUUGAA